GGCCUCACUCAGGCCACACCCAGGCAUCGGAUAAACAUCCAAAUCAACGGUGCAGAGCUAGAAACCCGAUCCACAGACGCUGACUAUGGCGAUGACCCUGGGUUACUGGGACCUCCGCGGGCUAGCCCACUCCAUCCGCCUGCUCCUGGAGUACACAGACUCAAACUAUGAGGAAAAGAAGUACACGAUGGGGGACGCUCCUGACUAUGACAGAAGCCAGUGGCUGAAUGAAAAAUUCAAGCUGGGCCUGGACUUCCCCAAUUUGCCCUACUUAAUUGACGGAGCUCACAGGCUCACCCAGAGCAAGGCCAUCCUUCGCUACAUUGCUCGCAAGCACAACAUGUGUGGGGAGACAGAGGAGGAGAAGAUUCGCGUGGAUGUAUUGGAGAACCAGGCUACGGACACUGUUAAUGACUUUAUUAUGCUCUGCUACAACCCGGAAUUUGAGAAACUAAAGCCUCAAUACUUGACGGAGAUCCCUGGAAAGAUGAAGCUCUACUCAGAGUUUCUGGGGAGGAGGCCUUGGUUUGCAGGGGACAAGCUCACCUUUGUGGAUUUCCUGGUUUAUGACGUUCUUGACAUUCACCGCAUAUUUGAGCCCAAGUGCCUGGAUGCGUUCCCAAACCUGAAAGACUUCAUCUCUCGUUUUGAGGGCCUGAAGAGGAUCUCUGCCUACAUGAAGUCCAGCCGCUUCCUCCCACGCCCUGUGUAUUCAAAGAUGGCCGUGUGGGGCAACAAGUAGUCCUCUGGACGGCAGGAGAUGGAGCGAGGAGCCAGUGCUGUGUGUGGAGAGCCGCUGGAGCUUCCUGCUCCCCAGAACCAGAUGUUUUGUUUCCUCCUUCUUUCUUUCCAUUGGUCACACUUAGGCCUUAUUUGGCCCCAACUCUUUCCCAACACCAUUCAUCCAGGAUCUUUAAGCUCUACAGCACCCCUCUCUUCUUCAGUGAAGUCACCCCCUGACGUUAUGCUUUCUGCUCUAAAGCCAACCAGAUCAUCCUUCCUUUUCAUGUUGCUGGUUUGGUUUUUUUUUUUCCCUGCUAUGAGUAGCCUGACCAGACCCUUGGCUUGGAGAGCUCAAGCCUGAGCCCCCAGCACUGCCCUGAAGACCAGGACAGGCCUAGUGUGCAGGCCUUGCUCUCCCAGCGUGGGCCCUGCCCAGCCCUGCCGAUCACCAAUAAAGCCUUAACCACACCUGCUAUGUCUUAUCUUUUUCCCUCCUGACCAUCUGAACUGUCUAACUGGCCCUGCUGCUUCCUAGGAAUGAAGUGGUGACGCUGGCAGUGUCUGGGUGCAUGGGGAUCCUGUCUGGUAGUAGGAUGUUCUGAGACUUCCUGUUCCCAUUUCUGAGGCCCUCAGAGCAGGAGUCCUCAGAGGGCUUCUUCUAUUAUAGAAGGGAGGCCUCUUCCUGAGCCUCCAUCUCUCAUCCAUUCCCCCUCCUUAUUAAGAGCUCAGGCGCCCUCUGUUGGCUGCUGCGCAGCUGUUAUUCAGGACCUUCUCUCUGUGUUACUUCCUCAUUUUCUUAGCUACCCAAGAGGUAAAUUUCUUUAGUCCUCGCAUAUCUGAAGAUGUGUUGCUAGCGUACACUAAAGUAAUGUUUUUGUUGGUUAUACGAUUCUGGUAUAAGGACCUUCAGGCCUCUGAUGCAAUUAGACACAGCUAGAAUUAAGCCUUGUUCGUGGGAAGGGUGAUGCCAGUCUCUCUUGAAUAUCUGAUGGAUAUAUAUAUAUUUUUAACUUAAGGCACUUGCUUUUCAGUUCUUGCCAAUGUGAGGUAUCCAAGUCCAGAGUCUAUAUAGAGAUCUUGGGGCUGUUGUGUUUUUACUUCACAUCCUUCUAUGAGUAUACUAAGUUUCCUGGUCUCCUUUUUAUCAGGCACCAUUCAUCACUGCUUUGCAUCCUCUGGAAGUAAUUUCAAAUCACCCUGUCCAGUGGUCUGCUUAAGAGAAAGUUUCUAGGACUUCAGGAGUUCGCAGACCAUGCUACCAUAAAUAGUUGUUUACUUUGGGGUCUAGUAUUCAGUCAAGACUCAGUUGGGAGAAAAUGUUACAAAUCACAAAGGACCUUUAUCCAAAAAUAUUUAGCUAAAAAUAUAACCAGUGAAAAAAAGAGGCCUAAGUGGCUUUUUGGCCACAAUACAUGGCUUGUAGGAUCUCAGUUUCCCAACCACAGGUUGAACCCAGGCCCUGGCAUUGAAAGCUCAGAAUCCUAAACACUAGGCCACCAGGGAACUCCAAGGCCCACGUCUUGACUGGGCAUUACAAAAGAGAAUAUCCCUAAGGCCAGUCAGCAUAUGAAAAGGUGCCCAACAAUAUUGGAUUUGGGGAAGUUAUGAACACAGUUAAUUCAAUUAUAUACCCACACAGGCUAAAAUUAAAAGGACCAACAAUUAUUCACAAAUAUGAGUAGUAACUGGAACCAUCACUCACUGCUGGUGGAACAACCACUUUGGAAUACCAACAGCACUUCCUGGAACUAAACAUAACAUCUACCCUAUGCCUGUGGAAUGCCACGCCUUAUUAUAUACUAAUGGGGAUGUGUGCUUAUGUCUUCAACAGACAGGUACCAUAGUGUUCAAAGCGGCUUUAUAUGAAAAAGCCAAGAACUGGCAACUUUCCAAUGUCUGGCAAUGCAAGAACGGACAGAUAAGCUGGGAUAUGUUAUAUAAGUCCAUUAUACAAAUUCACUAUUCAUAUGAUGGAUUAUUAUACAAUAUAUAGACUUAUGAUGAAAAUAUUAUGAAGGGCUACUGCUACACACAAUAACAUGAAUGACUCUCAGAGACACAAUGUGGACAAAAGGAUGUAGACAUCAAAUGCACCUGCUACAUCCUUCUAUUUACGUGAUCAUUAAUAGGCAAAAUAAGUCCAGAGUAACAGAGGUCAGCUGAAUGGUGAGCUUGUCUUUGUUGAAGAGAUUGUGUAGGGCUGGAAAUGUUCUCUAUUUUGACCCAGGUGGUGAUUCCAUAAAAAUAUACAUAUCUAAAAACCCACUGAGUUGUCCACUUAAGAUGGUGCACCUUACUGCUUGUGAUGGACAUAGACACGGUCUCACUGUUACAUUGCUUAUGUUUUUCUUUAUCAUCAGUCUUCCCUGUAGGAUAUAAAUACCUUUAAGGCAGGCAUUUCUGUCUCUUCUUGUUCCUGGUCUUACAGGUGUUUGUAUACAACCAGAACAGCACCUGGAAGAUACUGGGUGUUCAAUGAAGAGUUAUUAAACUAGUGGUAUUUACUAUUAGGGGGAUCACUUCAAGUAUUCACUUGAUUUUUACUCAUGCCUACUUCUUUGGGUACAUGUAAUUCGUGUGUACAUACAUUUUUAGGUUCUGCUCUUUUUUCUCUUAAUGUUUCCCUGAAACAUCUAUACCUAUUAGCCAUACACUUGUGCACAUACUACUAAGUAUUUACUGGAUAUGUCUCAUUGCUUCCAGUAGAUAAAGUGUCAUUUGCCUAGUCAGUCACUCACUACUGGGCAAUGUGGGGUUUUCUAUUUUUUACUUUUCCUUACGAUAGUGUCAUCUUAAGCCGAUGUUUUCCUCUGGUUUGUGGCCUUUAUUUGGUAGAUCCCCUAGCAGAUACUAGAAAGCAAAAUGUGAGAAUGGUUUUAAGCUUUAAUAGCAGACUAUUUUAUUGCUCUGUAGAGAGAGUAACUUACUUGAUGGUGCCCCCAGCAAGGCACGUGGGCCUCUUUUUCCUGUACCUUAGGCACUUGGGGUGUCACAAUUUCAUCAUAUGCUAAUUUUAUGGGCUCAUUAUCAUACCCUGCUGUUUCCCACCUUUACAUUUUUCUAAUUGUUUAUUGGCUGUGCAUGUUUCCACUUGCUGAAUAAAUCCCAGCCUAUAAAUCUCCCUGUGUCCUA